AUGGAUGCGGACAUUCCCGUUGUCGAAAUUGCGCCUCCGCGGUUUGACGUGGACACGCAGAAGCACUUGCUGUCCGAGUACCUGGAAGAGCACGGAUACGCUGUGGUAGCGAACGUUGCUGACGAUGCAGAGUUGGCAACUGCUCGGUCCUUGAUGUGGGAUUUCUUGGAGGCUUUGCCAAGGACUCGUGUGCGGCGUGAUGAUGUGCGAACUUGGGACGACAGGUAUGACUGGCUUCCCAAUCCUGCCAAUGGCAUCCUACAUGGUUUCGGAUUCGGCCAGUCGGACUUCAUGUGGCAUUUGCGACUGCUUCCACGGGUGAAGGCUGCCUUCGCGGCCAUUUGGAACACAAAUGACCUGCUCGUCUCCUUCGAUGGUGGGAACAUCUUUCGGCCGUGGAAAUACAAGAGGUCUUGGCUGACAUCUGGAGGAUGGUUUCAUUGCGACCAGAACGCGCGAUUCGCGGACAGCAGGGGCAAAGUUUGCAUACAGGGGCUCGUCACCUUGUUCGACGCCACUGCAGACACUGGUGGCCUUGUUGUCAUUCCCGGAAGUCACCACCACCAUGAAGACGUCUGCAAACGAAGCAUUCUGGCCAAACGGAACGGCGACUUCGUUCCCGUUGCCAUAGACGAUCCGAUCUUAAGCCAGGGUGCCGUGCUCCUCCGUGCCCAAGCAGGCGAUCUGGUGUUGUGGGAUUCCCGUACAGUCCACUGCAACACGCCGGCUCUCGAAACUUCGGAGGUGCCAUUGGGUUGUGACCCUCCACCCGAAGGUUGGCAGCCGAUCCGUCAGGUGGGCUACGUUUGCAUGACUCCUCGCAAGCUCGCAUCAGAUGACGUUCUCCAGAAACGGAAGGAGGCAUUCGUGAACAGCGGCAGUACCAGCCAUUGGCCACACAAGUUUGUCUCGGGGUCGGCUGCGCUGCCAGACACCUUACCCAAAGAUCCAGCGCAGAUCUCCAAGGAGCAGCGAUGGCUGAUCGGCUACGACCGGGAAGCUUCUCGAUGCGCUGUACAGUGA